AUGGCCCCGGACGCCGUGCCGCGCCUCCGCCGCCUCCUGUGGCUCUCCUGCUUCUUGCCUCUCGCCUCCGACCCGGUGGCCGCAGGCCUGUAUGAACUCCGUCUCACCACCGAUGGCCCUGCUACCACGGGGGCAGAGGUGACCAUCUCGGCCAGCUUCGUGGCCAGGGACAAUGGUAGCCUGGCCCUGCCUGCUGAUGCCCACCUCUACCGCUUUCACUGGAUCCACGCUCCGCUGGUGCUCACGGGCAAGACGGAAAAGGCUCUCAGCUCCACCAUCCGUGUGGUUGGCAACAUGCCCGGUGACUUGCCGGUUUCUGUCUGGGUAACUUCAGCUAAUUGCUGGAUGUGCCAUCCUGUAGCAAGGGGCUUCACUGUCCUCCCUAUCACAGAAUUCCUGGUGGGGGACCUCAUCAUCACCCAGAACAGUUCCUUGCCCUGGCCCAGCUCCUACCUCACCAAGAUGUCACUUAAAGUCGCCUUCCUCCUCCAUGACCCCAGUGACUUCUUCAAGUCUGCCUCGUUUCUCUACAGCUGGGACUUCGGAGAUGGGACCCAGAUGGUGACUGAAGAUCCUGAGGUCUAUUACAACUACUCGAUUAUCGGAACCUGCACCGUGAAGCUCAAGGUGGUGGCUGAGUGGGAGCAGAUGAAGCCAGGUGCCGGGAAGGGAGUCAUGCAGAAGACGGGUGACUUCUCCACUUUGCUGAAGCUACAGGAAACCCUUCAAGGCAUCCAGGUCUUGGGGCCCACCUUAAUUCAGACCUUCCAAAAGAUGACCAUUACCUUGAACUUCCUGGGGAGCCCCCCGCUGACUGUGUGCUGGCGCCUCAAGCCUGAGUGCCUCCCGUUGGAGGAGGGAGAAUGCCACCCAGUGUCAGUGGCCAGCACAACCCACAACUUGACCCACACCUUCAAGAACCCUGGGGAUUAUUGCUUCAGCAUCCGUGCCGAGAAUGUCAUCAGCAAGACGCAUCAGUACCACAGGGUCCAGGUGUGGCCCUCCAGCAUCCAGCCUUCCGUCUUUGCUUUCCCAUGUGCCACACUCAUCACUGUGACGUUGGCCUUCAUCAUGUAUGUGACCCUGAGAAAUGCCACUCAACACAAGGACAUGGUGGAGAACCCAGAGCCACCCUCUGGGACAAGAUGCUGCUGCCAGGUGUGCUGUGGGCCUUUCUUGCUGGAGACCCCAGCUGAGUAUCUGGAAAUCGUCCGCGAGAACCACGGACUCCUUCCGCCCCUCUACAAGUCUGUGAAAACGUACACAGUAUGA